AUGCUUUCCUAUGGGCCACCUUUUGCUGUUAUCCCCUUAACUUCCAUCACAGGAAAUAUGACAGCUGCCCUACAGGCAGCUCUGAAAAAUCCCCCGAUCAACACGAAGAGUCAGGCGGUGAAGGAUCGGGCAGGCAGCAUUGUCUUGAAGGUGCUCAUCUCAUUUAAAGCUAAUGAUAUUGAAAAGGCAGUUCAAUCUCUGGACAAGAAUGGUGUGGAUCUCCUAAUGAAGUAUAUUUAUAAAGGCUUUGAGAGCCCCUCUGACAAUAGCAGUGCUAUGUUAUUGCAAUGGCAUGAAAAGGCACUUGCUGCUGGAGGAGUAGGGUCCAUUGUUCGUGUCUUGACUGCAAGGAAAACCGUGUAGUCCAGCAGGAACUGGAUCUCUGCCAGGGGAGUGGGAGUUGCUGGUACAAAGACCAAAACAACCAAAUGCCACCGCUGCCCUGUGGGUAGCAUCUGUUUCUCUCAGCUUUGCCUUCUUGCUUCCUUUUUCAUAUCUGCAAAGAAGAAUAUUACAUAUCAGUUUUCCUUUACUGAAAAUUGGAAUAACAUUGAGGAAAUUUUGUUUCAACGGAGUUUCAUCCUCUCGAAACCAUUUCAAUGAUGUGUACACCAGUCUGUAUAUAGUAUAAUUUACAUUCAAUUUGUGCAAUUUUUAACCCCUAAUGGCUGGUUUCUGUUUUGUAUUAUUUUUAACUAAUACUGAGAGAUUUGAUCAGAAUUUGAGGCCAGUUUCCUAUCUCAUUGCUAGCCAUCAAGUGAUCUUUAUAAAAAAAUAUGGGAGACUGGCAGCUAUUAACAUUGCAAAACUACACCAUACUUCCCUUAUUUAAGCAAAACGUGUUUCCAAACGAAGUCCCAGCUUUGUUUCUGCUUGCCUCCAGAUUAUCUGUGCUGUGAGUUGAAGUAUGCUCCUUCCUCUCAGCAUCCAAUAAUCAUGGCCUCUCAAUUUCAGGGUUCAGAGCAAGAAGGCUUGCUCUGUAAAAAUGUAUCUGUAAAAUAUCUGCUUGUUUGGCAUGGACGUCAAAGUUGUGUUCCAGUUAUAUGGUUCUGUUUGGGGAAACUACUCCAAAUCAGAAAGGAUGUGGAAACUAUGAUGUAAUUCAUACUCGGGGCAGCCUCUGAAUGAAAUACUAUUUUCUUUAGAAAUAUAGUAGCUGCCUUAGACAUUAUGAGGUAUACAACUAGUAUUUAAUACACUAUUUAAUAUGCCCCAUAAAUGUCUUCAGUGUUCUUCAGGGUAAUGUGGAUCUCAAAAGAUUUGGUUCAGAUCCAAACAAAUACACAUUCUGUGUUUUAGCUCAGUGUUUUUUAAAAAAAAGAAAAUGCCACACAGCAAAAAAUUGUUUACUUUGUUGGACAGACCAAAUCGGUUCUCAAAUAAUGACCGGUGCUUCUAAAAAGUUGUUAUUAUAAGUAGCUCCAAAACAAACCACCUGACCAAGAGGGAAAUCAGCCUGUGUUUAGUAUUUACAUUGGACACCAGUUUCAUAAUCACUGACUUACGUGAAAACUGGUGCAGAAAUUCUGUAAACUCUUUGCUGUUUUUGAUACCUGCUUUUUGUUCUGUUUUGUUUUGUAAAAAUGAUGAACUUCGGAAAUAAAAUGUCAGUGUUGAAUAAUU